AUGAAGUUCCGAAAUAUGGCCGGCGCGUUUGUGUUUUGGUGUUUGGUGGGUUGCCUUUAUGUGGGGCAUCUUCAGGUCGCCAGUGCGGAUGAGGGUACGGUAGGACAAGAGUUCAUGGAACUCAGCGAGCCCGGUUCCUUUACGCCAGAGGAUCUUUGCCAGAGUCUUUGCGGGGAGUGCCAAUGCCGGGGGUUGUUGGUGAGCGAGAACUUAUGCCAGUGUAGCUGUGACUUUCCACCAGACAGUGCAGGAGAUCAAAACUGCACCAUGCAAGUGCGGCGGCUAUGUGAACAGAUGGAUGUACAAUGUGACUUCAAUGGGCCGGAAGAAAGCCUUGUGCGGGAGCCACGGUUUUGUCAUUCGAUGUCGUGCUAUGAAAAGCAUUCCGAGCACGAGGCAGGAGAGUAUGAUGGGGGGCAUUAUGAUGGUGAAGGGUACGGACAUGACGAGGGACACGGACAUGGACAUGGAGGGAAACAGUUUAUAUGCUGCAAGGACAAGAAGCACAAGGAGAAGAAGCAUAAGCACAAAAAGCACAAGAAGUUCCAUGACAAGCACAUGAAGUUCCACGUGGUGAUUAAGGGAAAAAUUCCCGAAUCAUCCUGCCACGGGGGCCAUGAAGGUGGAGAACAUUAUGGAGGAGGGUACGAUGAGCAGGAAGGAUACCGUGCGGCAAUGCCCGACAAACGGCCAAAUCCUGCACACGUACCGAUGGAUGUAAGCGUGUGGACAAAUCGUCAAAAGCUGCCCAAAAAGCAUCCUUUCCGAAAGCCUUUCCAGCCUCAUCAUCAGAAACCUGCGCCACAACACUAUGCACCCGCAUAUCCUGCACCGUAUCCGGUGGAACCAAGAGGGAAAUCAGCGGAACCCCCUGCUUCGGAACCGAUGGAACCACCGCAGGAUAGUCUCCCACCACCUCCCCAACAGACACCUUCGGCACCUCCACCACCGCCACCCGAACCGUUAUCUCCGCCAGUGACGCCCUUCCCGGAGCACCCAUUAACUCCUCCACCGAAUCUGUACGAUGGUGCCCCGAUCGGUCCGAAGAAGCCUACACCGAAACCAAAACAGGAACCUCCCAAGACUCACUCAUUUUCCCCACCAUCACCUCCACGUCCACCUCCACCACCGCCACCGCCAUCACACUAUGUUCGUCCAUCUCCACCCAUGAUCACAGUGGAUCCUCCACCGAGGCGCAUUGAAUCGUCGAGAAGCUUCGAAAAACCGAGCUACUCCGGUUGCGAAUUUGACAGUUACGAUUUUAACUACUACCACCCUCCACCAACCUAUCAUCAGCCUCCACCACCGCCACCUCCUCCACCAGCAACCUAUCACCGAGCUUCGGCACCGACGGUUUCCUCCUAUCGAUCAUAUUCGCCCUCGUACGAUCCAUCCUAUUCGUCCAGCCACUAUCAUCCUCACGAUCAAUACGAUAGCCCGAAACAUUACUCCGCUUACGAUGAGCCUGUUGAGCACAGUAUGUACGAUAAGAGCCCCGGUGACAGCAGCGAAUACUACCGCGAGCACGGUGUCCAUCCGUUCUCGGACAACGAAGUAGAGGACUGGCCCGAAUAUCCACCACGGCAUCCAUCCGACAUAUUCACCUACAAUCAGAUCGUUAGUCGACAGAUCAGAGAGGCGGAAAUUGCCCGACUCUACAUGACCAAACCCUUCCAACCAACACCGCGCCCACUGCGGGAUGAGUUCGAACCACCGACCGCCGAAGUGGGCCCGGUGCUGUUCGAAUCGUUCGGUCCGGGCGAUAAAAACUACGAGAUGUAUCCCUCAGUAACGCCACCGCCGGAUGCAUUCAUUCCACCCGUGCCGCCAGCCAGUCCACCGGUAGAGUUCCCCGGGCCUGAGAAUGGACCGUUGACAUUCGCUCUAAACUCCGAGGAAGCUCUCUAUCCGCAACCGACACCACCGCCACAUUACUUGCUGGCGAAAGAAACCGGCAGCAUGAAUUCAUUCGGGUUCGAGGAGUUCGAUUCGGGUCCAGCGCACUAUGCACCGGCAUCCUGGGGAUACGGUCGCAGUGCAGCUGGACAGAGUCACUACAGGUCCGCACCUAGUCGUAGAAGUUCUCACAGUAAUAGAAGCUAUCACUGA